UUUGAUUAGCAGCCAAUGGACACGAGCAUGCACGGAAAUCGUCCUCUGCUAUCAGAAAUGUUCCCUAGGUCAUGUAAGAGCAUGGUAACUUACCCGAACAUGGUGGAGUUCUUCGAGACUCUGGGCGUCGACAUGGAGUUAUCCGACAUGUCGUUCUCUGUGAGCCUGGACGAAGGCAAAGGCUGCGAAUGGGGAAGUCGCAAUGGUCUCUCCGGCUUGUUUGCGCAGAAGACCAACGCGCUCAAUCCUUCCUUCUGGCGAAUGAUUCGUGAGAUAGUCAAGUUUAAGGGCGACGUUCUCAUGUACCUCGAGGAGCACGAGAACAAUCCUGAUAUGGAUCGAAGUGAGACCUUGGAGCAUUUCAUCAAGUCACAUGGAUAUUCUGAGCUAUUUAUGAGGGCUUAUCUUAUUCCAAUCUGUGCUUGUAUCUGGUCAUGCCCUUCAGAAGGAGUAUUGCAUUUCUCAGCUUAUUCUGUCCUUUCUUUUUGCCGUAACCAUCACCUUCUUCAGGUUAUAUUCUUCAACCUCUUUCAGAUGCUUUAA